GAUGCUAUUAUUAUUAUUAUUCUGAAUCAUUUGUUAUGAGGGUCCUCGGCCUGUAAUAUGUAUGCGCCUAUGUAUGCGCCUAUCAAUGCUGCACUGCCUGGAUCGUUCCCACGUCGUCUCUCAAUUUCCGUGAUUCCUUCCGUUUCCAUUCCCGUUCUCGCUUAACCGGAUUUCACAUAUAUACUCAGCUCGCCGUGAUGUCGUCGGUCAUCGGAAAGUUCCCCCGCUCAUGUCUUCGGUGGCAAGUUCUUCUCGGUCUCGCGGCCCUUAUGAACGAGGCGCAUGCGCAGCGUGCAGAACAGGGAAGACCAAGUGCUCGCCCCGCGAUCCAAGCACGGGCAAGUGCCAUAAAUGUAAACGUCUGGGGAAAAAGUGUGUAACUGGGGGUGCGGGCCAAGCCAAGAACUCCAAAAGCGGCACUGGAGUGGCCGCCUCGUUAAUGAGCACGCCCAAGCCAAGCCAUGCGGCCUCGCGUCCCGCGCCUAGAACGCCCUCAACUAAAGGGACAGGUCUUGCACCAAGCCACGGCAAGGGCACCAGCCUCCAUACGAGCGCUCUUCCCCUAGUCCCAAUCCUUCGAGACAUUGUAAAAGAUGCAUUGCACGACUCCGAGCUCGACGAGAGUAUUGGAUGGGCAGUCGUGUUUUUCGAUGGAGCAUUUGAUGCGAAAGCAUUCCGGAAUCAUCUGAUUGAGGCUGCACGGUUGGGACCCUCCCAUCCAUACCUCAUUCGAUUGUCCCAUUGGGCUCUCAUUUUACGACAGCCUCGUAUUUACCAGCUAUUGGGGGAGGAUGCAGAGGAGCUCAUGUCAACUGCGUUUGGAAUAUUGUUUAUCGAGAUCAAAAAGCCGACCGUGUGGACCUUCAAGGCAAUUAUCAUUCUUUUGGAUCAUUUUAAAACGAUAGGGGACGUUAGAAGUACCUAUUUGAAAAUGUUGGCCUACGGGAUGGUAGACCACCUAUCUCACUCCGAUUCCGCCGAUGGCCAAGGUGACACUGGCACGACGAUUCAGAAGCUUUCGUCCAUCCUCCGCUCGCAGUUCCCAAGCACAGAUUCCCGGCUGAGUUUCACGGCAACCCAGGAUAGAGUGGAAUUACCAGUCACUGACCAGAACCACUGCGACGACACCGAUCGCACUCCCAUGCCACUCCACCCCAUCGACGUUUGUCGGAACGCCCAACCGGCGAUCCGGGGCGAUGACCACAAUAACCCUCCAGCUGUACGUCCGGAUGAACACCUUGGCUCGACCUCGGAAAUGCCAAGGUUCGACCCAUCAAACUACUCCCUGUCGCCAUUGAGCCUCCCUUUAUUCACUCCCUCUAAUGGCAUUACAAACGCAUUCGGGGAUUUCGACGCGCUCCUUUCAUGAAUCAAGAUCCCCUCGCUCGGGGACAAGCAACGGUGAACACCACAGUGUGGAGUCAUUAACAGUAGUCAUUUUGACGUAUGGAUAUACCAAUCCGUACCGAGCGUUGUGCUAGAUUAGAGCCGUUUGGCCUUGGAGCAAACGUGUUAUUCUUCAACAUGAUUGGUCUAGGGGUUUCAGGUAGCCCCUCUCUCUCUAUAUAUAUAUAUGUACAAGCGUUACCAUUUGCUGUUCCUUCCCCGAUGUGCACGUUCGUACUUUUUGAAUUAUCGGCGACCCAUCUUGCCUAGAUUAUCACUUCCCCCAGUAGCUUGGGUUUUUUUUUAUUCCCUUCCUCACGUCUGUUACUAGGUACAUGUCCACCGUGGCUAGGUACUCUCCCGCCAAAGCCUAUUCCAUCGGUAUCAACUUUAUAUUUGCUAUGCUCGUGAUCAGACCAGUCGUAUAUAGGCAUGAUGGAAUGAG